GAUUUUCAAUCGACUGACAUAUUUGCCUUCUGGAAUUUUCAAGAACAAUCGCCUACUCUCGUCAUUAUUUUUGAACCACAAUCAACUAAAGUCUUUACCUGACAGGUUAUUGGAUAACAACAAAAAACUCACGCAUUUAAUAGUGCAUAGCAAUAUGCUGACUAAGAUGCCCGAUAGAAUUCUACGCAACAUGACGUUGUUGAAGAUAUUAAUGUAUCAUCAUAACAGGAUAUCUUCCAGGACCCUAAGUCGAACAUUGCUUUAUGAUCUGCCAAAUCUUUAUUCGCUUUUUGCGUCGUAUAACAACCUUGAAUACAUCCAAGAUUACUCUUUUUCGAAGAGUUCGUCUCUGAGUCACGUUCUAUUGAAUAACAAUCAACUGAAAUAUAUUACGAAUCGGACUUUUUAUGGAGCAUUUCAACUAAAAGCACUGUUCCUAAUGGCAAAUCCAAUCGCAUACAUCGCCGAUGGAGCUUUCUCUUCUAAUACCAAAAUGGAAACACUUUACAUAUUGCAAACCAACAUCAAAACUGUCAACGUGAARUGGUUUAACCUAUGGUUUAUUUACAAGAAUCGGACAGUAGUACAAAUAUACACAACAAAAACUCCAGAGGCAUUAACAGUAAGAGGUGAUAUAAUAUUUGGCUAUAAAAGCGCAGGAUUCAAAUGCGUCUUUGAGGAAGAGGUUUGUGCGCCUUGUUUGUCUGGAAGCUACUUAACUUUGUCUUUAGACCAAAGUGGGUUCAUCUGUACAGAUUGUCCAGCAGGUGGUUUUUACCAAGAUACCAUCGCUGUCUACGCUGAUCAAGCAUCGUACGGUAAUGGAUGCCAGAUGUGCGACAACGGGACGUUUGUGGGGAUAAGAACAGCACCAGGAAGAACAAAAGAAGACUGUAAACCAUGCCCUGAGGGAACAAACAAUCGUAUGUUUGCUGGAUUCAGAGCCUGUCGAUGCCAAGUCGGGUUUUAUCGUAUUGAUCGCUUUGACAAGUGCUACCCUUGUCCUGACUCUGGCGUCACGUGUUUUAACGAGUCGAUGACGCUGAAGGCUGGGUACUACUGGCAAUGGAAUUCCAAGUCAGAGAAAGAUUACUACAUCAACUUUACCAACAACCUACAAAUCUUCGACGACAGCUAUGAUAGAGACCUAGUUCAGUUUAAUGGAUCUUUCCCCAAACAUUACCAGUGUCCACGAUCAGAGUCAUGUCUUGGAGGACUGGACGGUGAAUGUGCUGAGGGUUAUACAGGUCCCUUGUGUGCUGUAUGUGACAAGAAACAUUACCAGCUCGUUGCAACCUGUUUCAAGUGUCCAGCUGUACACUGGCUUAUUUUCCAGAUUUGUGCCAUUUUCUUACUGCUCAUGACCAUAAUCUUCGUAGUCGUCAAAGGAAAGCAGCGCAAGGCAGGAGAGACACGCUCCCUUACCGACAUCAUCCUUGCUCGUCUCAAGAUCAUCGUGUCCUUCUAUCAAAUCUCUUCUGGUACACUCGACGCAUUCUCGUACGUUCAGUGGCCAAGUGCCUUGACUAAGAUGAGUGAGUACGCCAAAUUCGUUCAGCUGAACAUCCUGCAAAUUGCACCUCUACAUUGUUUCAAUUCUCGUCUUAAGAUGGAUGCGUACGCAGAUCUUGUUAUCACUUGUUCCAUGACUGCUGGUGUCAUUCUUGUAGCUUUGGCCUAUUACCACCUGAAGCGUGCUUAUCUUAGCAAAAGGGUUGGAAAAUCGUCCAUUCAAACUGACCUAGACACUACUAAAGAGGCCUGCUACCGUAACGUUUUCCUUUUUAUUUCCGUAACUUACCCACAGACAUGUUCAAAGAUAUUCCAAAUGCUCCCUGCAUCUUGCCACAAAAUCUGCCAAGACAGCAGCGAACAACAAUGUUCCUCCUACUUAAAGGCUGACUACUCCAUAACUUGCUUUACUGACAAAUACAACCAGUAUGUGAUACUGGCUUAUGCUGCAUUGAUCUACCCUUUUGCAGUUCCUUUACUAACGGUAAUAGUUCUGUGGAAGUAUUAUUACAAAAGGACUUUGGUAAAAGCUGUAAAUGACUCGCGAAAUAAGAAUGCAAAGAGCACGGAAGGGGAGGAACAAUCCAAGUCAAUAGUGAUGAGACAUGCGAUGAUAGCAAACAAAUGGACUCAAAACGCAAGUACUUCAAACAAGGAACAGCAUGCCAUCAAAUCACAAGGUGAACAUCUCGAAGUCAUUGAAGAACCAGACUCCAACGCUGACCACAGUGCGUCUACAAAAGAGGCACCCAACCCACAACACACCCAGUUGAUGAUAUUUGAAGAAAAUAACACAAAGGAGCAAGUAUUAGGAGACGGAAACCAGAAAAGAGAAAGUUCUAGUGAAACUACACCACCAAUCGUCGCAGGAAUGAGUUUCAUAUUUGAAAACUACGCAGAAAGUUGUUGGUUCUGGGAAACUAUUGAGAUGACCAGAAAGCUGUUGCUGAUGUCUUCUUUGGCUUUGAUCGGCGCAGAAGGACGAAACUCUCUUGGAGUUGCUUCUAUCCUUUCAGGCUGCUAUGCCAUCCUUCACGCUCACUUUAUGCCGAUUCCUGACAAGUUCGAGCAUGCUCUUCAGUUAACGUCACUUCUGGCAACAUUUGCUAACACGUGUAUUGGAAUGAUGCUCAAGAUAGACCAAAGUGCCUUGCUGGAUGCUGAUGCUAAGAUCAUGGAUUCCUUGAUCAUCACAGUACUCUUGGUGACUGCUAAUGUCAUGGUUACUGCUCUUGUUGUCGUAAAAUAUGCGAUUGCCAUUGGUCAAAGUAUAUAUUAUCUCAUCAAGAAUCCUCGUUGUUCUCUCUCUUGCUGCCUGUCAUUCAUGCUGACUAUUGAUGAGGUGCAAGGUGAAGCACGAAGUAUAAACGAUAACGACAACGCAUGGAAAAUGAAUACUCAGCUAAGUCAAGGAAAUGACUUUGAAGCGCCUGGCGUGAAAGAUGUGGCAGGAGAUCUAGGUUUAACCGCAGUUGAAAUUGGUGACGAGGACAAUGAAAAUGAAAAAGACCACCAAAAACAAAAAGAGAAGAAACAAGACCAUGAAUAAAAACACCGAUAUUGAAAAACCACACGAAGUAGAGUAGAAAUAGUACACCAAAAGUAUAAAGAACCCUGCUCUUAUCUCAAACACACAAAGUCGCAUAUUAGUUGUGAUAUAGGCUUUUUCAGGCAAACCGAGAUAAAACAUACAGUGUUUGUUAGUUAUAAUAACAUCAAGUGACAUAGUACAUAAACAUCACGAUUUCCAUAUAAAACGUGCAGAAAUAAUACAAAAUAGAUCAU